UCGUCAAGACUCCAAUUUUAGUCGAAGUUAGGGAGAGAAAAUUGAAAAGGUUUCGGGGAUGAGUUCUUAUCUAGAGGCUGGAGCAUCGAAACCGCCCUCGGAUGAAGAGAAAAAAGUUCGAACGAUAAGGGCUCUCGUCGAAUCACAAGACAUCUCCAACAAGGAUUUUAGUGACGAGACUGUACGUCGAUUUUUACGGGCGCGGAAUCUAGACGUGGAGAAGGGAUCGUCGAUGCUCGUGAAGUAUCUUCAAUGGAGGAGGGAGUUUGUUCCAAAUGGACAUUUUAAUAGGGAAGAUGUUAUUGUGACAGGGGUGCUUCUCAAUACGUUGUAUUUGCAAGGGUAUGAUAGGAUUAGCCGCCCGAUCCUAGUCGUUCUUGCUGGCAACCAUAAGCAUGUAUCUAAUAUCGACGACUUUAAACGUGAACAUCUUUCUCUUUAUAAUUUUCGUUAUACUAAUCAAUGUCGGUUCGGGUGGGGUUGAGGAGUUGCCCGACCCUGUUGUUGGCCUAUGAGGGUCGAAAAGUUUCAUUAAAAUCGGUUUUUUUAGCUACAAUUGAUCACAUAGUGCAACAAUUGCGCCUAAUCUUUCGAAUUGGGGUUCACUUUCAUUCUU